CCAUAAAAAGUCCAUCGUCCAAUUUAACUCCGAUCCCAUCCCACGAAUAAUAUAUCCUCUCCUCCCCCAACUCACAUCAUACCCACCGGCCACCGGAAAAUUCAAUAGAAUCAAAACAAGAAAAUGGACUACUACUACUACCGCUGCAACAACGGCGACGGCGACGGCGGUAACCCAAACGGAGUUUCCAUUUCAUCUUCUUCAAACCCGCCGCCGUCGUCGAAACUGAGGAUGAUGAUGAGGAGCGCUUCCCUUUCCCAAAGGGUCGUCGCCGGUUGCGGCGGCGCGUCAGUGGACGAUCCUUCUCUUCCUCCUCCUCCUCCGCCGGCGUCCACUCUGCUUAGGAGCUAUUCCCUCAAGAACCCGGCGGCGGCGUCCAAGUCCUCCGGCGGAAAGAAUUUCGUCCGCAAGUGCAAGAGCAUGGCCAAGGAGCAGAAGGCGAAGCUUUACAUAGUGAGGCGCUGCAUAUCUAUGCUCGUCCGCCGGGAAAAGCACAGCGACGGCGACGGCGAGGAAGAUGAUGAUGGUUAUAGUAUAUAAAUGCAUGUCCGGUCCAGAUAGAUUCCAGACCUUAGAUCGGUGAAUCACAGUUUAAUCUUAGUCCGUCCGCCUUCUCACGUGUAGUCUCAUGCCUAUAUUUAGCAUAAUCAGCAGGUGGGCAUUACACAAUUGACUAAGGCAAGGAGUGUUAAGGAGGUAAGAUUCAAGUUCGAUGUGAUGAUGAAUACUACUCCUCUGCUUCACAAAAUACUUCCCCUCAAAUUUUUUGCGCAUCCUUCAAAACACUUUUGUCCACUUAGAAUGUCUAAAAUAUACUCCAAUUUUAUAGUUUGUUACAGUUAUAAUAAGUUGUUUUUAGAUAU